CCGAACUUGCCAACCGGCGCUCGGCGAGAUUUGAUGGGGAUUUUGUCGAAAUUAUGGCAUCGAAAACUCUGAAAACGUGUGCCUUUUUUGUGUUUAGCCAGCUGUCGUUUGGCAGCAGAUUCCAAGUUGUGGAUUAGUGAAAUCACAGUACCGGACAAUGCUAACCAGUUAGCCCGGAGUCGAUGCUAAUUGGCUAAGGAAGUUAGCCGGUUAGCUUGCCAGAAGCUGGAUUUCUUGUUUGGCGCAUUUCAAGCCUGUUCGCCGACCACUUAACUAUUUAACCUGUGCCGAAAAUACAGCAUUCGUUUGUAGCUGUCAAAUACGAAAUACUUGAAUUUUCACUAUCGGCUUUUUAAAAUGAAGUGUUUCGCUUAAGCGGCUGUUUUACCGCAAACGCUGCUCUUUUGUUUUGACAAAGGAAGAGGACCCGAUUUUCUUUUUUUAACACCAGUUCACAUCUGGUUGGACAGUUGCCUUUCGUUUGGCAAUGGCUCCACAGAAGCAGAGCUCCUCAGGUGGAAGUCACUCUGGGGGCUUUGGUUCUGGAGGAAAAGCCAACGGGUCCUGCCACCAGUCCACCUCCUCCUCCUCCAUGGCUGUAGCCAAGAAGCCCAGCAUGCAACACAUUCAAGCCGACCACGAGUUGUUCCUGCAGGCCUUCGAGAAACCAACCCAAAUCUACAGGUUCCUUCGCACCAGGAACUUGAUCGCUCCGAUAUUUUUGCACAGGACCCUCACCUACAUGUCCCACAGAAACUCAAGGAAUAACGUUAAAAGGAAAAGCGCCAAGGUUGACAAUCUGUUGUUCAAAGUGGAAAAGAUGAGAGGAGAACAGGAGACUCACAGCCUGGCCUCUAAUCUGCAGCUCACCUUUACUGGCUUCUUCCACAAAGCUGGGAAGUCAUCUCAGGACAGUGAGAAUGAGCAGAACUCCGUCUCUCUGGAGGUGCUGCUGGUCAAAGUCUGUCACAAGAAGAGGAAGGAUGUGAGCUGCCCGGUGAAGCAGGUCCCGACAGGGAAGAAGCAGGUUCCUCUGAACCCAGACACCAGCGCUGGAGUCUCCCCCAAGCCCGGCUCCGUCCCCUCUUUGCUGGUUCCCAGCAGCGAGUUUGAACCCAGCAACUCUCACAUGGUCAAGUCCUACUCGCUGCUGUUCAGAGUGUCGAGGCCCGGAGCCCCCCGCGCCCAGAUCAACGGCCUGGCCAACGGGGAGAACCACCACAGCAGAGGUGAGGACUGACUGUUGGUUCCUCUGCUUUGUCA